CUGGGUCAGCGUCUCUCUGAGCCACACAGCGAGCGAUCUCAGCGAAGCCCAUAGGUCAUGGCGAGCGCGACUCCCAGUGAGAGUGUGGAUAGUGAGCUGCGCUGCUCCAUUUGCCUGGGCACGUUCGUCUGUCCCUCCACGCUGAGCUGUGGACACUCGUUCUGCCUGCGGUGCCUCGAGGCCGCCUGGGAGACGGCGAGCAGCUUCGGCUGCCCGCAGUGCCGAGCGACCUUCCCUGUGCGACCCCAGCUGAGGAGGAAAGUGGCCCUCGCCAACCUGGCGGAGCAGCUCAGAGUUCGAGACGAGAUGGCCGCGGCCGUCGUGUGUGACAACUGCGGUGAUGGCCAAACUCCUGCAGUGAAGACCUGCCUGAGAUGCGAGAUGUCCUUCUGUGCGAGGCACGCGAGGCCUCACUUGGAGAAUCCCAGGUUUAGUGACCACGUCCUGGUGGCUCCCAUCGCGAACCUGGAGGAGCGACGGUGCCGGGAGCACAGCAAGAAGCUGAAAUUCUACUGCACAGUAGACAGCAGGCUGGUUUGCUCAACUUGCACAAUCGCAGGUGAACACAAAGGACAUGAUGUUAUCACCAUAAAGAACGAGCAUGAGACACGGAAGACGCGCGUAGCGGAGGAGACACGAGCAUUGGAGGAGAAGAGGAAGGAGGCGGAGGAGUCCAUGAAGCGGAUGGAGGCCGCUUGCAAGGAGGCGCAGGAAUCGGUGGCAGGGAUCAGGGGUCGGAUCACUGGCAAGUUCGCCCGCCUAAAGAAGGCUCUGGAGGAGGACGAGAGGGAGGCUCUACAUCGCGUGGCCGUGAAGGAGCGCGAGCUGCUGUCCCGGAUCGAGGAGGACAUCGCUCGUCACAAGCGGGAGAUCGGCGAGCUCCAGGCGGCGGCCGCUCGCCUGUGCGCCCUGCAGCAUGAGAGGGACUCGCUCGCCUUCCUGCAGGGGCACCUGGAGGAGACGCGCAGGAGAGAGAUCCCAACGGAAUCUGCACCCCCACCUCCCACUUCACUGGACGUCACCACGAUCCGCUCCCUUGAAAGGGCCAUGCGCAGACUCCUGCCUCUUGUCUAUGGACGCUCGCCGACUUUGGACACAAACUCAGCCAGCGACCGCCUCCAGAUUUCCUCGGAUCUCAGGACGGUGACGCUGAGCAAUUUUCCCCAGCGUCGCCUCCAUCACCCACACCGCUUUGAUGUCUAUCCACAAGCCCUGUGCUCUGAGAGCUUCUCGUCGGGUCAGCACUACUGGGAGGUGGACGUGGGGAGCGCGAGGUGGUGUGGGGUUGGAGUCGCGUACGGGACAAUCCCACGGAGAGGGAGUGGUGCUGAGUGCAGCCUAGGAGGGAGUGACGUCUCCUGGUGUCUACUGAAACGUGGCGACAGCUUCUCAGUGGAGCAUGGCGGGGGAGAGACCUCACUGUCGGUGCCGGAGCCUCCGCGGAGAGUCGGGGUCCAUCUGGACUGGGACGUGGGGCUGCUGUCGAUUUACAGCGCCGACUCCAUGGCGCUGUUGCACUCAUUUUACCAAACAUUCUCUCAGCCCCUACACCCUGGGAUGCUGGUGUGGGGUGAUAAUGGUGCCUCAGUAAGGAUUGUGGAUCUGAGUGGUGCGUCCUGA